AAUAAGCGCUCCCCUUCAACUUCAGCUACGCCAUUAUUAGUGAGUGGCUGCUUUAUCUCUUUUACCCAUUUGAUUUCUUCAUUUUUAGUUAAAAUUAAUGAAGUAAUUGAUAUCUUGAAAAAUGAAUCAAUACCCAGGAUUUGUUCCUAUGAUGGUGCCUCCACCAUACAUGAUGGCUGUUCCAAUGGCUCCAGGCAUGCCUCCACCUCCUCCACCUGGACAGCCACUACUUGCUGGUGCACCUGCUGCAACUCUUAUCCCUACUUCCACCCCGCCAGCAGUUGCUGCUUUGCCAGGGCAUCCAGCUCAUGCAGCUGGUCAUGUUCGCAAACGAACUUAUGAAGAGACUCGGCGGGAAAGGCAAGAACUGGCUUUUUCCUAUCACAGCAUUCCAACAAGAGGACCUUCAAAAUGGCCACAACAGGAGCCUUCAGCCAAAGCUGAGGUAGGACCAGAUGAACCCAGAAUUGAUGAAGCAGUCACUGCUCUGGAUUUUUACAAUUCCGAUUUAAAUUUAGUUAUUGACGCUGAUUGCUAUGGAGCAAAGAGUUUGACUGAGCCAGAUGGGUUCUGUUUCACUUGGGCUGGAGCCAGGGCCACCUAUGGUGUAACCAGAGGAAAGGUAUUUUAUGAGGUUCAUGUUAUUGAGCAUCUGUCUGCAAAUUUUGGUGAAGAUCACAGAGAAGAACACCCUCAUGUUGUGAGAGUUGGAUGGUCUAUUAAUAAGUCCUCAUACCAAUUAGGAGAAGAAGCUAAUUCUUAUGGUUAUGGUGGUACUGGAAAGUUCUCCGUCAAUUGCAAAUUCUCCAACUAUGGUGAAACAUUUUGUGCUGGAGAUGUAAUUGGAUGCCUUUUAGAUUUAGAAUCACGACCACCUACUAUUUCAUACUCUAAAAAUGGUCGGUGGCUUGGUGUGGCUUGUCCACUCACUUCACAUCCUAUUGGGAAAGAAAACAUGGCUCUCUUUCCACAUAUUCUUUCAAAGAAUUGCAAGUUCAAAGUAAACUUCGGACAAACAGCAGCCUGGUUUCCACCGCCACCUGGUUUUGUUUAUAUUGACCAUGUUCAUGUAAAUGAAAGAGUACGAGGUUCUAAAUGUCCUAACACAAAGACUGAAUGUGAGAUGAUAAUGUUAAUUGGUUUGCCUGGCUGUGGAAAGACCUCAUGGGCUUUGAAUAUGUACAAAAACCAUCCAGAUAAGAAAUAUUAUGUCAUUGGUACUGAUUCUCUAAUUGAUAAAAUGAGAGUGAUGGGAUUACCAAGAAAAAGAUUUUUCCAUGGCAGAUGGGAUAUCCUUAUUCAGAAAGCAACAGGAUGUCUCAAUAAAAUGUUUCAGAUCGCUUCCAGAAGACGAAAAAAUUUGAUCCUUGACCAAACUAAUGUUUAUGCUAGUGCCCGUAAGCGCAAGAUGCGAAAUUUCCAAGGAUUUUAUCGAAAAGCAGCUGUUCUUGUUUGUGAAGAUUCUGAAUUGAUUCAUCGCUCAAGCAAAAGGACUAAAGAAGAUGGUAAAGUUAUUCCUGAAGAGGCUGUACUAGAAAUGAAAGCAAACUUUUCUUUGCCCGAAGACAAUUCUUCUCUGUUUGAUAUCAUUGAAUAUAUUGAAUUACCAAAAGAAAAAUCUAUUAAAUUAGUUGAACAGUACAAUAUUGAAGGUAAAAAUAAAAGGCCAAGAGAUAAAAUGUACAAGCAUGACAAUCGAUCAGCUGAACAAAGCCCACAAAAGCCAUUUUCUCCACGGAUGUCACAAGGACCACCUCCUCCUCCACACCAAAUAAUUAAAGUAGAAAAACCACAAAUGGAUCUUCCUCCUGGACAGAGAACUCCAAUGCUUCCACCACCACCCCCUCCUGGUAACAAAGAUCGGUUUGAAGGGCGCCAGUCAAGAUGGGGUCCUGCAACUGAUGUUACAGAACCUCCUGAGAAACGUAUCAAACCCGACCCAAGUAGUGCUCUUGAUUUCAUCAAACAGGAGUACGGUGGUGAAGGUGAAGAAAACUCUCCACAGUGGCAAGACAUUCAUGUCAAACCAGAGUCUCGUUCAGCCUAUGAUAACUAUGGUGGACAAUACACAAGCAGUAGUUCAAACAGUGCUGCCGGCAGCUAUGGUUCUCAGUCAGUGACUGGCAGUUACGGGUACCAAACUAGUUCUUCUAGUUGGGGCAAUCGAGACCAAAGUACCCCAGCUUCCUACAAUGUUCAGAACCCAAGCUACGGAACACUGUCCUAUCAGGGCAGCUACUCAAGUACAGAUGCAGAUGUUGCAGCUCGCAGUGGGGUUGCUGGAUCUGCAGGUGGCAGUGGCAGUGGCGGCAGCAGCGGUGUCAGUGGUGCAGUAAAUAGCAGCCCUGGUAACUGGUAUGGCACUGCUAAUCCCACCAACACUUCUGCGCCCCCUCCACCCCCACCCCCACCUCCUAUGAAACAAGAACCUGGUAGUUACAAUGAUCAGUAUUCUUCUUACAACCAGUCCCAGCUCAAUUUACCCCCUCAAUUUACAGGCACUGAUACAAAGGCAUGGAGCAUGCAGUCAAAUUACAGUGGCCAGCCAUCACAGUACACUUCCCCACCUUACAAUGAGCAGCCAGCCUAUCAGAGCAGUAACUAUUCUUAUGAUUACAACCAACGCCAGCAACAAUACAGCAGUUCAUCAGAUUCAACGUAUGGUCAGACAGAACAGAGCUCUUAUAACUCUAGCCAGCCAGACCGAUCUGGAUCUGCUCAACCAGCUUCUUAUGGUGCUAACACUAACCAGUAUAGCGGGUACCAACAGCCACCUGGCAAUCAGAGCCAGUAUAGUUCCAGCCAACCUGGCCAAUAUAAUCAAGUAAGCAUGUACAGUAGUGAUCAACAACGGUCUUAUUCAGAAAGCCCAACCUCCAACCAAUCUAACCAGUAUACUAAUCAAUCUAAUUACUAUAGUGGUUCUCAGCCAUCACAGUACAGCAGCAACCAGUCAACUUCUUAUGGAAGAAACCAAAAUCAGUAUGGUAAUUCUGGAAAUAAUAACAGUGGAAGUGGUGGUGGUGGUGGUGGUGGCAAUAAUAAUCAGUUUUCUGGGGGCAACCCGAACUUCUAUGGUGGUGGCAACAGAUAUUCUGAAAACCAAGGAUCUUAUGGUACAAACAAUCAAAACAAUCAAUAUAACAGUGGUGGUGGUAUUAACCAACCAAACCAGCGUGGCAAUGUUGGCGGUCAGCAAUCAUAUGGUGGUUAUCAGCAGGGUCAAUAUGGAGGUUAUGAUCAACCUGGGAAUCGUGGCAUUGACAACAGUAAUCGACCUGAUCAGCAUGGCUACAGGUCUGAUGUAGGACAAUCAGCCGGUAGCUCUAUGUUGUCAGGCUCAGGUUAUAACCAGCCACGUCCUGGCAAUGAGAAUCAGUGGCAGUCCGGAGGCAGACAGAGGUGGGGUGGGGAUAAGCCAGAUGGUCAAGGGAACUAUGGCGGUGGUGGUGGAUAUUCUGAUUAUUCAUCAUCAAAACCAAAAGAUGAGGUUAAAAAGCCAGGAGGUCGCAGUGAAAAUCAGCGGAGAACCCGAUGGAGUGAUGCUGAUCCUUCUCCGGCUAUUUCAACCCAGAUUCCAGAAGGGAUGGGCUUGCCAGGGAAUUAUGGGGACAGUUCAAAUAUGGGCCACCAACGAUCAGAUCAUAUGAAUAGAAGGCCUGACCACAUGGGCGGACAAAUGGAUCAGUUAGGCGGACGACCUGACCACAUGGGUGGGCGGCCUGACCAGAUGGGUGGAAGAUCUGACCAGAUGGGGGGAAGAUCCGACCAGAUGAGAGGGCGGCCUGAUCAUAUGAGUAACAGACCUGAUCAUAUGGGUGGGAGACCUGACCACAUGGGGGGCAGAUCUGAUCAUGGUGGAUAUGGUAGAUCUGAUCGUGGUGGAUAUGGAAGAUCAGAUCGUGGCAAUUAUGGUAGAUCAGAUCGAAGCAACUAUGGCAGAUCUGAUCGCAGAGAUGGUCGUUCUGAGAGAGAUAGCAGAUCUGAUAGAGAUGGACGCUCAGAUCGUGAAGGUCGGUCUGAUCGUGGGGAUCGGUCUGAUCGUGGGGAUCGACCAGACAGAAGUGAUAGAUCUGACCGAAGCGAUAGGCUGGAUCGUAGCAGUGACCGUUCAGAAAGAGAAAGCCGAUCAGAUCGUGACAGUAGCCGACCUGAGCGUGGUAGCUCUGAUAGGUCUGAAAGAGACAGCAGUCGUACAGAUCGUAGUAGUGAGCGGUCAGAUCGUGAUAGCAACAGGUCUGAUCGUGGUGGAGACCGCUCUGAUCGUGGUGGUGGUGGUAGUAGUAGUAGCAGCAAUGACAAAUCGGACAGGGGCAAUGAGAAAACUGAUCGUAGUAGUAGUAGUGGUGGUGGUGGUGGUGGUGGAGGUAGUAGCAGUACAGAGAAAGCUGACCGCAGUAGCUCAGGCGAGAAGUCUGAACGUGGGAGUAGUGGGGAGAAAUCAGAGAAAAGUGGAAACAAAGCAGAUCGUGGUAGUGGAGAGAAAAAUGAGAGGAGUGCAACAAAUGAGAAAACCGAUCGGCCUGGAACUGCAACUGAGAAAUCAGAACGUAGUAAUGUGUCUGACAAGAGUGAGAGAAAUGAGAAAACUGAUCGUACUGGUUCGAAUGAAGACAAGAAUAGUGGGGAUAAACCUGAAAGAGACACUCGUCGUUCAGACCGUGGGCGCCCCGACAGGGAUGUAGAUUCUAGUGAGAAUCGAAUGGAUCAAAUGGGCCGUUUCAGUGGGCCAGGAGGGCGAAUGGAUCAUUCUGGAAUGGGAAGACCAGAUUUCUUCCCUGAAGGGGAUCGCUGUAUGGAUAUGGGUCCUGGACAGUUUGGUGGCUUUGGUGGUCUUGGUGACAUGAACAGAGAUCAUGGACCUCCUGGCCGUUUUAUGGGGCAUCGAGGUGCAAUGAAUCAAUCAAGAGGACCACGUCCUAAUUUUGAUGGACCUGGUGGACCACGACCUCGUUUUGAUGGAGGGCCACGUCGAGGAGGGCCCCGAGGAAUGGCUCCACGUGAUCACGGGUCUGACUUCAAUGGCCCUGGUGGUUGGAAUCAAGGUAAUAUGCGUGGAAUGGGACCUCGACGACCCCCAAGAUUUGAAGGGAGAGGUGGACCACCACGUGGCAUGAGACCAAGUGGCCCACCACGCUGGCCAAGGCCUCAUUAAUUUGUUUUUAAAUUGUGUAGUUUCAGGAACAUAAAGAACACUGACUUUGAAAGGCUCUUUUCUGUGUACUUUGCCAUCCUUUAGUGUAGCUACAAGCAAGUAGCUUAUCAUUAUAUCAGUCCCAGAUCUCCUAAAACGAAGCAGAUAGAAGAUUCAGUCGUUAUUCACAGCCAUCAGUAGCUGUGUGAUAUUUUUGUCAUCCUUUUACAACAUCACCAUUAUAUUUUUCCUCCCCUCUCUUUUAUAUAUAUAUAUAUAUAUAUAUAUAUAUAUAUAUAUAUCAGAACAUUUUCUGUUUAUUUUCAUAGAUCAGUUUGAUUUCACUUGUAUUUGACUUGAAUGAUUUAAACCAACUUUUUUUUUCCAUUUCUAAACUGCUGGGUCUUUAAAUAAACUAUAUAAUCAUCAUAAA